CCGAAACCAAUCCGGCGUAAAGCAGCAAUCUUUAGGUUCCCAGUCAACUUUCCAUCGGAAAAAACAGAGACAAAACGGCGUUAGAUUAAAAAAAAAAUGCUCGUGAAGCUCCGACUCCGAGUCUCGUCUUCCAUACCUCGGAGAAUCUGUCAACGUCGGUUUCUCUUAACCAACAACACUCUCUCUAAUCCCGACGAGUCUCCGAUUCUCACCGCCGAGUCUCCGGAGCUUCCUUCUUGGAUCAAAGACUUCCUCUCAAACAAACCGUCUUCCUCUUCCUCACCUCCUAUCUCCGACGAUGAAGACUUCGUCAUCCCUUCCCUGGCAGGUUGGGUCCAGACCCAGAAGCUUAGCCAAGCCUCACCGGUAAACCUCGCGAAGAAACCAACGGAAGACAUCGAUAAAGUCAGCGACUUUCUCAACAAAAAGGACGCUUCUUACACAGAUAUCGUCAACGAGUUAAGUAGUUGCGAUGUGGUUGUCUCAGAGAGUCUUGUUCUGCAAGUUUUAAGAAGGUUUAGUAAUAAUUGGAACCAAGCUUACGCCUUUUUCAUCUGGGCCGCUAAGUCACAACCUGGUUUUAACUAUAACCAUUCACCUCUGAGCUACAACGCAAUGGUUGACGUGUUGGGGAAGUGUAGAAGCUUCGAUACGAUGUGGAGAGUACUCGAUGAGAUGUCAUCAGAGCUUGUGACGCUUGAUACCAUGAGUAAGGUUAUGAGGAGGUUAGCGAAAGCAGGGAAGUAUAAUGAAGCUGUUGAUGUGUUUUUAGAGAUGGAGAGGAGGUAUAAUGUGAGAACAGAUACUAAUGCUAUGAACUGUUUGAUGGAUGCGCUUGUGAAAGAGAAUAGUAUAGAGCAUGCUCAUGAGGUUUUCUUAAAGCUUUCGGAUACUAUAAAGCCGGAUUCUCGGACAUACAACAUUCUGAUUCACGGGUUUUGUAAAGCUAGGAGGUUUGAUGAUGCUAUGGGUUUGAUGAAGGUUGCUGAGUUUGUUCCUGAUGUUGUUACUUACACAAGCUUUGUGGAGGGGUAUUGUAAGGAAGGUGAUUUUAGGAGAGUUGAUGAGAUCUUGGAGGAGAUGCGGGAGAGAGGGUGUAAGCCUAAUGUGGUGACUUAUACUAUUGUGAUGCAUGCUUUGGGGAAAGCUAGACAAGUAGGUGAAGCGUUAGGAGUUUAUGAGAAGAUGAAAGAAGAUGGGUGUGUUCCUGAUGCGAAGUUUUAUAGCUCGUUGAUACAUAUUUUAUCCAAGACUGGUAGGUUUAAGGACGCAGCUGAGGUGUUUGAGGACAUGACGAAACAAGGAGUUUCUCGUGAUGUUUUGGUUUACAACACAAUGAUUUCUUCUGCGGUUCAUCACUCGCGAGAUGAGAUGGCUCUGCGUUUGCUUAAGAGGAUGGAGGAGGAAGAGGAGGAGGGAUUUUGUAGUCCAAACGUUGAGACUUAUGCUCCGUUGUUAAAGAUGUGUUGCCAGAAGAAGAAGAUGAAGCUGCUUGGAGCUUUGUUGCAGCACAUGGUGAGAAACGAUGUUAGUAUCGAUGUGGCGACGUAUAUACUUCUGAUUAGAGGGUUGUGUAUGAGCGGGAAAGUGGAGGAAGCGUGCUUGUUCUUUGAGGAGGCAAUGCGGAAAGGAAUGGUUCCUAGAGAAAGCACUUGCAAAAUGUUGGUGGAAGAGCUUGAGAAGAAAGGUAUGGAAGAAGCAAAACUCAAGAUUCAGAGUUUGGUUCAGUCACUUGUUUAGAGUUUGGAGUAUGGCUCAAAAGUUUUGUUUCUCACUCAUAUAUACUCUGUUCCCAUUUCAAAACAUGUUUUACAUUUUACUGAAAUGAAAUCAAAGG